AUGACUGACUUGGAGGAAACCGCGCCAAAGCCAUUCCCCCUUGUGGAACCCUAUGACCUAGAGAGACUUGUGGACACUAGCAACCUCCUUGAAUCUGCGGAUGGUGUGGCUGGUUUUCUCCCGUUCAGGCGAUGGGUGAAAAGUUUUCGAGAAAAACGAGAGUACCCCGGGCAGAAAUGUCAGAGAUACGUUGAAGGCUGGUCUGACACUUCAUCAAGUCGCUGCGAGAAUUCCUUGAGUCUCUCAACUGGAAACGGGGCGCAGGAGCUGCAAUGGGAGGCAAUGUCAAGGCACUCUUCUCACCUAGGCACAGUGAAAACGAACACAAUGAGUAUCACAAGCCAGAGCGUCAUGAGAUCAAGAGGGGCAACCCAGAGUACAACUAAUUAUAGCGCCAAAUCGGACAUGCGACAGUCCACGGAGAGCGCAAGACCUGUGAGCUGGAUCAUGGACGAAGAGGCACACAACCGAGCGGUCAAAAGACGCAGAGCGUUACGGGAGAUAAUAGUCACCGAAUCGGAUUAUGUGCUUGGAUUGAAAGCCCUUACCGAUAUCCUUCUCCUCUUCUCGGCAAGACAGGAGAUUUACCGCAAUCUCCAAUUGAUACGCGGAACACACGACGCCUUCCUGACUCGACUACGGACCGUGACGCCUAGGUCAUGCCUCCCCGGGAUGGAGCCUGGACAGCCCAUACUCAGCAAGACACUGAAACACUCCAACACAGUCGACCUAAGUUUCAAGGCUUUCCAGAACAGAUCGACAGGGACUCGCAACCCGAGCGCAAGGCCAAAUCUUCGCAUCAAAGCUAUAACUGCGGAAACUAACGAGGCGCUGGAGGUCGCCCGUGAGAUUGACAAACUGUCCAUGUCAUUCGUAGUAUAUAAAGACUUCUGCAGUCACUACGAGCAGUUAAUGCAAGAUAUGGAUCUCUUACGUCGCUCGGCACCCAAUUGGCCCAUCCUCGACCAAGGCAUCGAAGCUCUAUCCAAGUCAGUGGCAUCCAUGGAAAGCCGGACUCUGGAGCCAAACAAGUCCAUGUCUUUGAACGAUCUCCUCAUCAAGCCCAUCCAACGGCUUUGCAAGUACCCACUGCUGCUUCAAGAGCUACUCAAGUGGACCCCUAUACAGGACGAUCCAUCUGCUCACGAUAGCAUAAGAGAAGUCUUAGAAUGCGUGCGAGCCACGGUUGCCCAGAUCAAUGAGGCACCGAGCAAUCCCAUCAACAGGAAACUCGCCCAUCAAACGCUUUUGCUGCAAAACAUGUUGGAGUUUCCCAAAGAGGCCUUACAGACGUCCUUGCAUGAUGUUUAUCGUGAACUAGGGCCAAUAAGUCUCUGUGGCGUGCUCCAUGUGACUUACCAAACGUCCAGUCAUCUGAUGGGUGGCUAUAUGGUUUGCGUUCUGUUCAAGAAUCAUUUCUUUCUCGCAAGAGUACAGGAUGACUUCCGAAGGCUCCAUGCAGUGAUGUGUUUAUACACCUCUGAUGUAAAGAUUGAUACACCGAGAAAUGGCCAAGACGCCUUCGUCACCACCUCUGGUACUGACGAGCAGGAGGCAGGAGCGCGUCCGGCUAGAACGGGUGAUUUCACCCAUUUACACCCGUGA